AUGGCAGGUGCUCCGCUAGAGAGCUCUAGCACCCCGCCUGAUAUCAUAUCAACACCACCUCACCAGACAGGCUCGCACAGUAUCUCCAUGGACGAUACUGAUCCACAGGCUACGCGGAAACGACCCCGUCUCGACAGUGGCAGUGGUGCUCGCGAGUCGAUGUCGACGCCCGGCUCUCCCAGCGAUCCAGUGCCCGAGCAGGCUGCGGCUUCUCCCACCGCGGACCAGGAAGCUCUUGCCCAACAGCGUCCAGCGAGCAGGGUGACAAUCAACAUGAAGUCCCCCGCGACGGUAAAAUCCGACUCCGCGACCGUGGAGUCUCAGCCCGAGCAGUCCGACGCCUCCCCGCUCCCCCGUCCGAGACAGUCCGCAGAGAUCAAUCCGCAGUCGUCAGCAGCCAUCUCGAUAUCGUCCUCUCCCACACAGAGUCCCGAGAUCGAGGUCGCCGAUGUGGAGGAGAUGGACCAGGAUCCCACCACAACAAAUUGGAGGUCGUUGGGUGAUGCACUCCGGGGUCAAGCUGCUACUGAAGUCGUACGGCUGCAUGAACAGCUAUCGCUACCAGAGGCCUUUCCUAAACUGCGAGGAAAUCUGGAACUUCGGGAGGCCAUAGAGGAGAUGGGCGCGUUGAUUGAAAAAGGCCAUCCACACGAUGCAGCGAUCUUUGUCGCCAUCAAGAAUUGGCUCAUCGACGAUUGUUUAAACAAUCUGGAACUGAUCACUCUUGAUACCUUCCUUGAGGAACGGGAGUUUUGGGAAGAGCUUCCUACAGUAGUGGAGGGGCUUUUACGAAGAGGACUAGAUUUUCAGCCCAAUGAUGGGAACGGCACAUGGAGAUGUCUGGAGGACUUUCUGCUUGCCUUCGCUCAGUUGGCGUUACACCUGCUCCGCCUAGAUACCUUAACCCUACAGAAGUACCUUGAGGAGAAAGAUGCCCCAGCGCCAGAAUUAAUGUCGAGGGUCUAUUUACCGUCGCUUGGCUGGAUCUUGCAGACGGCUUCCAUUCCAUUUUAUCGAACAAUGGACAGACUGUAUAGCUCUGAGCUCGGAACCCUCGUAGCUCGCCUCAACGAUCAGGUCGCCGCGUCUCCAUUCAAUGCGAUGCAGCGUCUAUCUGAGUUCAACUCGCGUCUCAUGGAGGCGCUUCCCCGAUGGCCACACUUGGCACCCUUUCUGGUGGCCGUCGUUACCAUCACUCAUAGCAUGGUAGAAUCAGGCAAUGAACGAAAGAAGCUCUCCGCUGAUGACACCCUUCUGGAAUCUCCCGUUUUAGUGCAAACAAGAAAGGCAGCUUAUACUCUGAUUAGGACCAUUGACGAUCAGUACCAAGAGCAUAUAUCCAAGAAGUCGCCCUGGAUCACGAGUGAUACGAGCGAAUCCGUACUCCGCUAUAUCUCUCUAACCUACUAUAGCCUAUCCAGCCAGGUUGACGACAUGGCCCUACAAAUCGCCCAGGACUUGUCAAUACGUUUCCCGGAGAAUGCAACGGCCUCCGAUUACCCACAGAUAAUACAUUGGGCUUGGAAGUUUGCUCUACUCAAGAAAAAUGUCAUGGAAGGGCGGAUGGAGCUCAGAGUUCAUGGGAUGGAGACCAUGCAAAACGAUCUUGUGAAUCUUUGGAGGCAGCAUAUCCAGAAUAACCCCGCGGGGAUCGACUAUCCCAUCACUCAGUACAUGGUGAGGUUUCUGAGAGAGAACAAGAUCGUCGAAUAUAUCGUCGGCGUCGGCUCUCAUCCUCAGUUGAUCAGUCGAAGCGGGAAUAUUGUCGGUUUCCUGGUCGUGACCUCAACCUACACUGAUAAAGAUACGGACACCAUCUGGCAUGCUGUCACCGAGAGCCAGGACCCGAGAAUCGUGGGCGAGAUUCUGGGUAUGCUCACGCGCACUUUUGCCAUGCACCAGGCUUCUUCUAAUGCGCUCCUCUAUCUUUGUUCCAAAUUGCUCGAGCUCCCACUCGAGCGGUUUGAUGCACGAAUGGUUGACUUUUGCGAACAACUUCUCCACAACGUGCGAGAAAAACACAGCGAGAGAAGUCGACAUGAGCCGCUAGAGAUGAUGCAUGUAGAUGCGAUCCCACUGCGGCUCUGCGUGCGAUUGAUUCGCGAGACUACCGCGCUCGAGGGUUCCUCUGAUGAACACAAAGCUUUCUUGCAGAAGUUUGCCAGCACGCAACUCAGCUUGUUCCUCAGUAUCGGCUUGACUGCAUCGGACAAGAUGGACAUGUACGAACGAUGCAUCCAUGACAUCGCCGAAAUGAAUCAAUAUACGGUGGGAAGCAUACAAGCGCUGAAUGCCCUUCUUCCUGCCUACGAUCCACAGGAAAUCCGAAAACUCGCAUUGGAUUUUGACCUGACCUAUCUAGUGAUCAGUGAGUUAGCUCAUGCUCUGGAUACGGUGCAGUCAGAUUUCAGUGACUCCUUCUCAAAAAACGGACUUUUCUCGCGCAUUCAAUUACUCCACCGCCUCAUCGACAAGGUUCCAGACACGCUCACGCCAGAUCUCAGUGAUACGCUUUGGCACAAAAUCUUGAUGUCAAAUAAAGUAGUUGAUCUGGGAAGGAAAGCUUUGUGGGACAUGUUGUGUAAAGUGGCGGCCCGGUGUGGGAAGAGAAACCCGUUCAUCGAACGCUGCAUUCACGAAUAUAUUCCCAGUCUCUCGCCGGUGGAUUACUCGCAAGAAGUCCUAGCUUUUGCAGAGCAUACCAUUGGCUAUGAGAUUCGCUUCAAUCCUCCGUCUAUCGCCGGUGAAGGCGAGAUCAUUUCGAUACCAGGAAUGGAUCGGAUAUGGCACUUCAUCCUGACGGCUCCACCGGGCACAAUUGAGGCGAAAGCCACGAGCUACGCUAUUGAAGUUUACCUCGAUCAUGUACUGAUCAGGAGAGCUCCACGAUCAGCAUCGGAGGCAACACAUAUCUCUCUUGUUGAUCGUUCCGUAGAACAACUGAGAUCUGCAGCUACGAAGUUGAAGUCUUUCAGUGACGGUUCUGCCAGUGGCGAAGAUGAGCCGAUGGUCAUUGUGGCUGCAGAAGGAGAGAUACGCCAAGAAGAACUCAGAUUUAGCCGGUCUCUGUUGUUUCUACGCCAGUUUCUCCAAGGCUUACGCAGUAGACCGCAAUACAGCCCUCCACAGAUAUCUCCACCUGAGCUCCCUGAGAGGACAGGCAAAGGCGAGGUCAUUGAGAUCACGUAUCAGUGUUUCAGUGGCGGUGCCCCAUCCAAGAUGCGCACUCUUGCCAUUGGGGAUCUCUCUACCGCUUCCGAGCUGGUAGACAGACUUGUCCGGCUUACCGGGUUCACCAAGUUCGACACUAUCUAUGGGGGACAGAAGAUUGAUCUGCUAAGCGCACCACAACGCACUCUCCGAGAGCUGAAACUCCGGUCAGGACUGCUAAUUGUCAGGAGAGUGGGAGAAGCUCAGGAAGCUUCUAUUCCCGGCAGACGACACUCCCUCACUCUGGUAGAUUCGGAGGUCCUGAAACAUUUUGACGACCUCUAUGACUUGCUAGGUCUCGAGGAUAAACUAGCUCGAGAGAUAUAUGACUUCCUCGUCGUCUUCCCACCGCAAAAACGUGUACGUGACUUGGUAAGGUCUGAGGCAAACACCGCGGAAGAAAUCUUUCCUAUGGAUAAGCCAUACAAACUGCUCUAUUCUGUCAACGCCCUUACGACAUGCCUAAGGGAGGAGUCGACCGAGGAAGAACCGAACCGAGCCUUCCUCCAUCAUAGCAUACAAUGUCUGGUUGCGGCGCUGACUCGCCCCGAACUGUCCGAAAAUAUGCAAGAGAGCUCUCUGAAACUUUUGUUCGCUUGCAAUUUCGUUGAAAGUUUGCUGGUCGCUCUCUCCGUGCGCUCUGUCCCUGGAGAUAGCUCACUUAGGCUAUCUGAUCCAACGGACUUGGUUAGACAGUUGCUCAAAUUUAUAAGCACGGCACAGAGUCUAAAAGCGAAUGUUCUCUCUGAGACGGCUGUUCAGAAACUCAUUUGCAACUCGUUUGCCGUGCUUAUCGAAGGGUCUUUACAUGACAACGUGUUUUGGGAGAUUGUCAAGCAAAAUGCGCAGUUUGAGAAACUCAUCUUCGCAUUACUUUUGAACGAAUCUCGUCAACCCAUUCGAAAAGAAAUUGCAGAUAAUAUUGCCAUUAUCUGCGGUCCAACGAAAUCGCGGAAGAACUCGAAGACUGUGAAUAACGAGACUGAAAGACUCGAUCCCUCACAAAACUUUACCGUGGUUGACAUCCUGGCAACACUUUGGGCCGCGUUUGCACAGAACUUCGAUCGAACACCUCAGUAUAUGCAUCAUUCUCGGGAAUUUUUCGAAGUAGCUCUUUCGGUUUUCCGCUCCGUUGCCGAAAAGUCUCCUCGUGAUCUUGUCUUCGGAGAGUAUCUUGCUCAGUGGAGCGCGAUCAUGCUGAGCCAUAAGACAGAAGAGUUUGUAGGUCGUGAGACCGUCGACCAUGUGGUCUUGGGCUUUGCGCGUCUCAUAAGGCUGUGUUUGGAACUGGCAGAAAUAACAGAGACGACCGUCAAUCCCUCCGACAUCAUGGAGAAUGUAUUCAACAAUUACCUCUUCCCAGAUUUGUCUGCUCCUAGCGAAGGAGCCAUGGCCCCCCAAGUGCCCGUCAUGCAUACUGAAACACGUCAGGAGCUCUACAACAUCCUUGUCUUGCUUUCCAAGAACGAUGAGAAUUACCCGAAAAUCAUCGAACUACUGGAAGACCUCAUUCCUCAGGACUAUACAUACGCUCCGAAUUGGUGUUUCGAGCGACAAAAGACCAUUCGGUCCCCGGAGGGAUACGCAGGACUUAAGAAUUUGUCCAAUACUUGCUACCUCAACUCCCUGUUCACGCAACUUUUCAUGAAUGUUGGGUUCCGCGAUUUCAUGCUUCAGCUUCAGGUGGAGGAGCCAAGCGGCUCACAGAGGCUCCUUGAUGAGACCAAGAAAAUUUUUGCUAAUAUGCAAGAGACUUGGUUCAAGAGCGUCGACACACAAGGCGCAGUGGAUUCCAUUCGGACUUACGACAAUGAACCCAUUGAUAUCACUAUUCAGAUGGAUGUGGACGAAUUCUACAAUCUGCUUUUCGACAGAUGGGAAGCCCAGAUUAUCGAUGCAGAACAGAAGAAGAAAUUCCGCUCCUUCUACGGUGGACAGUUAGUCCAGCAAAUUAAGUCGAAGGAGUGUCCUCACAUAUCUGAGCGACUGGAGCCAUUUUCUGCCAUCCAGUGUGAGAUCAAGGGCAAGGCAAGUUUGGAAGAUAGCCUUAAGGCGUAUGUGGAAGGUGAGAUAAUGCAAGGAGAUAACAAAUAUUCUUGCACGUCAUGCGGACGCCAUGUCGACGCUGUGAAGAGAGCAUGUCUCAAAGACCUUCCCGACAAUCUGAUCUUCCAUCUGAAGCGCUUCGAUUUCGACAUGCUUACUAUGAUGCGGAGCAAAAUAAAUGACGAGUUCCAAUUUCCUGAGCGAAUUGACAUGACGCCGUUCAAAGUGGAGUAUCUCUCAGAUCCAAAUGCGUCUGUUCCGCAGGACGUGUUUGAACUGGUCGGCGUUCUAGUGCACAGCGGAACAGCUGAAUCAGGCCAUUACUACUCUUAUAUUCGGGAGCGACCAACAGCAGAUGCAGCUGGGUCCUGGGUCGAAUUUAACGAUGCAGACGUUAGCCGUUUUGACCCCUCAAAAAUCGCCGAUCAGUGUUUUGGUGGUCUGAACGAUUCGCUUCAUGGCCCGGCUGUUGGGCAAGUGCGAUUUAACAAAGUCUGGAAUGCCUAUAUGUUAUUCUACCAACGCGUUUCAAGCAUGGAAGCGGCAAGGGAUAUCUAUGAGCCAGAGAAAAGCGAUAUUCCAGUGCGGGUUCCCGUGCCAGUGGCUCUUGGAAAUCACAUCGCUAUGGAGAAUGAACUAUUCAUACGGACGUACUGCCUUCUGGAUCCCUAUCACGCUUUCUUCGUCAGAUGUCUACUUGGCCGUUCCAGAGCCCUUGUGAAAUCCGGGAAACCGGAAGCCUCGAAGCUGGAGAAGUCGGCAAUUUUCAUUGCCCUAGAUACCUUGGAGCAACUCGUGUCGCGAACAAGGGAACUGAUCGAGCUUGAAACGAUCGUAUCUGAACUUGCGAAAGCAAUAGCUGAGAACCCGAAAAGUGCCUAUCGGUUGAUUCAAUGGACGGCAGAACGCCCAACCGGAAUUCGGAACCUCGUCUUAAAAAGUCCUCAUCCGGAUGUUCGCAGUAAGACCUCUCGGGUGGUUGCCUCUGCCCUUGCAAGACUGCAGGAUAUGCAGGACGAUACAUCGCUGGGUGAAGUCGAACGCGAAAAGUGGCAGGUCAGGUUUGCAAACUCUUUUGAAAAAGUGGUUGUGACGCUCGAGAGUUUAUGGCCUAUCCUCCACACGGCCAGCCGGUCAUGGGACGAUUAUUUCGACUUCCUCCUCCUGCUAGCAAAUUUCGGACCGUACCAGGCUGGUGUUGUUCUCGACCAUGGUUUCUUGCUAAAGUGCUUGGAGAUAAUCUGGCUUGACCGUGAUAAUACCAAGUUAAAGCGACAAUAUCUUGCUUAUUACAAGUUGGUUGAGAGAGGGCGAAAGUUCUCGCAUAGAAAGCUCAUGGAUCUUUUCUUUGUCCUUAUGCAGCAUAUCGACUUGACCCUUCCUGCUACUCCCGAUGAUGAGCGCCGAACUUUCCAUGAAGGAAAAUACUCUCUUACUGCCACCGAAAGCUCCAUGAUACGGCCUCUGGGCAGGAAUAAUGAGUUGCUAUUGCUGAAGAGGAUCCUUGAGCAGCAUAGUAACCCCCCAGCAUGCAGAAACCUUGUCGCCUUGUUUCUGGAAUCUGAACCGGAUGCUGGCUUGCUGGAGCCCAUAUGCAAGCUCUUAGAAGACGGCUUGAGAGUGGCUCCCGCAGCGCUUUGUGCACCCUUUCUAGAAGGGACCUUAGUCUUCUGUCGGAGGAGUCCGGACGAAGACCGAAUAAUAGCGCUGGUCGACUAUGUUGCGAAGGGCGUCGAGUCCAUCAACAACAGUGGGGGUAGAGAGCACCUUGCUUUCUUCACGAACCUCAUCUCUCUCCGGAAUGACAAGAUUGGCAAGGAUGAAGUAUGGUUUACGGCCCUGGUCACGGAAAGAAUACCGGACUGGGCGCCUACACUGCUGAUGUAUGCCGAGAAGACCGUCCGAAAUAUGACGUUCGAAGUCCUACGACACAUGCUAUUUAUGAAGGGGCAGGAAGAGAUGUCAGACGAAUCCCGAAUGUACUAUACCAAGGUCGGUAAAGAGCUGGCUCACGCGUGCGUUGACAAGCUGAGAAAGACAUACCUUGUAAACUCUUCACAAAGCGUUGAAGCGAGGGUCGUCGAGAUUAUCAUCUGGGUCAUUUCUCACUGUCUGGAAACAUACUAUGAUGACAGCGAAGAGGACGCUGAGUUUGUGCAUCAGGCAACUGCUGUUAAUACGGCCAUCGAGGAACUCUCUGUAGAUUUGCCUGACCCAACUUCAGAAUCUGAUUUGCCUUCUCCAGAGGAUUGGGAAGAUAAUUCUAUGAUGGCAAGUGACUCCGAGGUGGGGCUCGCUGGCUCACCAUAA